AUGUCGGUGGAAGAGAUGCUGGAGAGGUUGCGGCGAGAGGCGGAGGUGAGGGGGCCUGGCUGGCUGCAGGAACAGGUGGGUGCCUGCAUAGUUUCGCCUGCUCCUGUGGCUACCCCCAUUGCUAGGGCUGCCCGGCUGCGGCGGAGUAUACCGCCGGCGCGCCUAAGCCCUGAAAUCACCCCCCGGGCCCGGCGCCGAAUAGGGAGCCCCCCUGUGGACCCUCGGCGGCGGAGAGCGGCCGCUCAGCCUUCUGCGAGCCGCUCUCGCCGUGGGAGGAAUCCCGAUUCUCGGCGGGGCCCUGUGAGGAGCGGGACGCCCCUUCCCCCGUUCCCUGCAGCAGUGGACUUGGAGGCGGGACCAGGAACGGUGGACCGGCCCAGUCCUUCCUUAAGCGGGCGGUCCACUCGGCGUUCAGAAAGUAUCCGGGUUCCUCGGGCUGCUCUGAUGGGAGAGGAAUACCAGGGCAGGCCCAGAGAAGAUGUUAGCAGUGUGGAGGAAGAUCCCCUUGCGGUGGCGGGUGCUGCGGUAUCGUCCAGGCGUCCAGCUAGCGUGGUGCAGAGGGUCGUGCAGAUGGUCCAAGAAGAGCAGCCGUCGACAUCCAGGAGCUUUGACGGUGAAGUGUCGUUACGGCGGGAGUCAGGAUCUACGGCAGCGGGAGUCACAGCGCCCGUGGUGCCUGUGGGAGCGGUUUCGGCUUCUUGCGCCAGAAGCAGAGCUGGAAGGUCUGGAGUGUCCGCCGUGGCUGUGGGGGAUCCUGGAGGAGAAGUGAUGGGGAUGUUGAGGGAUUCGUUGAGCCCGGGUACUUGGAGGGAGUAUGGUAAGGCGUGGGCGACCUGGGAAACUUGGAACGGAUCCUGGGGGGCUGGUGUUGAGGAUGGGGAUGUGAGGUUGUUGAUGUUGUUAGGACAGUUGAAGGGCGAGGGGUGGUCGGUGUCAAAGGUGAAUCAUUUGAUUGCGGGGGUUGCGUUUGGUCUUAAGUUGCGGGGGUUGCCGGAUUUGACUAAGGGUUUUUUGGUUAGGCAGGUGUUGAAAGGGUGGCGUAGGGGUGCAGGCAAGGUGCCGGAUUAUCGGAGGCCGGUGUCCUUUGAGUUGCUGGUGCAAAUGGGCGAUAAGUUGAGUUGUGUUUGUAGUUCUGGAUGGGAGUUAGUGCUGUUCAGGGCUGCAUUUGCUUUGGCGUUUUUCGGUGCUUUUCGCUUGGGGGAGUUGGUGUGUGAUAGUGUGAGUAGAGCGGGGGGACUUAGGAGUGAAGAUGUUGAGUUAGCGGGGGAUAGGGUGUAUGUCCGGAUUCGGAGGUCAAAGACUGAUCAGGAGGGCAGGGGGCAGCGGUUUACGUUGUUCCCGGUACCAGGUUGUAGUAUGUGUCCGGUGCGGUGUGCAGGUUCUUAUGGGGCAGGGCUACAGCGUCGGACGGUGACGGCUUUGGUAUGGAUUCUGGGGCACUCCUAUGUGUUCUGGGGUGCGAUCAGAGCAGAUGUGAGGCCGAGUGGGCGACAGUUGGGUUUUAGUCCGGAGUGUGCUACGAUGUCUUAUGAAGGAGCAAAGGACAAGCAGGAGAAGAGGCAGUAA